GUUUGUCUUAUUCCUAAAUCUGCUCAUGGUACCAACCCAGCAAGUGCCCAAAUGGCAGGGAUGAAGAUUCAGCCAGUCGAGGUGGAUAAAAAUGGAAACAUUGAUAUUGCCCAUCUAAAAGCAAUGGUGGAUAAGCACAAAGAGAACUUGGCAGCCAUCAUGAUCACAUACCCAUCCACCAAUGGUGUGUUUGAAGAGGAUAUCAGUGAUGUGUGUGACCUGAUUCACAAACAUGGAGGCCAGGUUUACCUAGAUGGUGCAAACAUGAAUGCCCAGGUGGGUCUGUGUCGCCCUGGAGACUAUGGAUCUGAUGUCUCUCAUUUAAACCUUCACAAAACAUUUUGCAUUCCCCAUGGAGGAGGAGGACCUGGAAUGGGGCCAAUUGGAGUGAAGAAUCAUCUGGUGCCCUACCUGCCUAGCCAUCCUGUCGUUGCACUACAGCUUGAUAAAGAUGCAUGCCCUUUGGGUACAAUCAGUGCUGCCCCUUGGGGCUCCAGUGCUAUAUUGCCUAUUUCCUGGGCCUAUAUCAAGAUGAUGGGUGGAAAGGGUCUUAAACACGCUUCCGAGAUUGCUAUAUUAAAUGCUAACUACAUGGCAAAAAGACUAGAGAAACACUACAAAGUCCUUUUCAGAGGGGCAAGAGGUUAUGUAGCUCAUGAAUUUAUUUUGGAUGCCAGACCCUUCAAGAAAACAGCAAAUGUUGAAGCUGUGGAUGUUGCAAAGAGGCUUCAAGACUAUGGCUUCCAUGCUCCAACAAUGUCCUGGCCAGUGGCCGGGACCCUUAUGAUUGAACCAACAGAAUCUGAAGACAAAGCGGAGCUGGACAGAUUUUGUGAUGCAAUGAUAAACAUUCGUCAAGAAAUUGCUGAAAUAGAGGAAGGCAAAAUGGACUCCACGGUUAACCUGUUAAAGAUGUCACCACACACUCUGACUUGCAUUACGUCCCCUAACUGGGAUCGUCCUUAUUCCAGAGAAGUAGCAGCUUUCCCACUACCAUUUGUGAAGCCUGAAAGCAAAUUUUGGCCCACAAUUGCUCGAAUCGAUGACAUCUAUGGAGAUCAGCAUCUGGUUUGUACCUGCCCACCAAUGGAAGUCUAUGAAUCUCCCUUUUCUGAACAGAAGAGAGCAUCCUCCUAGGUCUUAUCCCUUUAUUUCCAGGUGGCUGGAUUCACGCCUUACCACUGCAUUUCAGUCUGCCAUGACAGCGUUCUUUUUCCCUGCACCCGCUAAGGGGAUUUAUAUACUAUGUAUAUUUUUGUAAUUGCCAUAUUGUUAAUUGAACUGCUGAUCAGUUAAAAUAUAAAUACAAUUGCUAGAGUGGGGGGAAGCAAACUGAGUUGAUUCAGUGCCUCAGUAUCAAGAACAGUUAAUAUUACAGUUGCCUUGAUUCAGCACCUUUUGUCUCCUGCUCUUUGUGUGCUAAGGACUUUAAAUAAUAACACAGAAUUUUUCAAGGUUGUAAGGAGAGAUGAAUAAUUUUUAUUCCUGGUAUUUCAUAUGACAAUAACCAUUAAAUAUUAACUGCUACAGAAAUUGUUUACAUUUUGUAUAAGCACAGGAAGUAGAUUGUUAUUAAUGUACUUAAUCUGUUACCACGGACUCUGGUUGUGGUAACUGAUUAAUAUUAAACUGGUAUUUUUGUUUGUUUUUUUUACCUGUCAAUGCUUAUAUUCCAAUAAAGUCCACUAGAGUUCUAAGAAUGGCUUUUCCCAGUCUAAUUUUUCUUUGGUAUUGAGUUGUCAGAUACUAGAAGAGAUGUAGAUUCUACAAGAAGUGAAAGCUGCAGUCAGAUCUGUUUUUGGUAAUAUCACAAAGUAAUUUACUCAACUUCUGUGCCUAUCUACCAUUAAUGAAAGUGCCUUCUUUCUGUCCCCUGGUCCUCUCCUCAGCUCUUUCAUAAUGAAAAGUCACACAACAGUAUAUCCCUUAAAUGAAAUGAAGCUUUUAUGUAGGUGCUGAAGAGUUGCAACCUGAACUAUUGUUUGGGUACUGUGGUGAUGAGCCAUAUAAUUAG